AUGGUCGCUCGGUCUGGCGAAGGGAGCGAAGGGCAGCCUCGCCCUCUCACCCCCUCCUCGAGAACCCCCGGAACCCCGAUAAAGCCGCGGUUGGCACGAGUCGGAACGAGUCCAACGAAACGAGACGAGAAACCGAAGGAAGACAAAGUUUUGAAGUCGUCGGCGAAAGAUGUUGCAGAACUCAAGGACUAUCAAUUGGGAGACUGCCUGGGUAAAGGAGCUUUCGGUUCCGUUUAUCGCGCGUUAAAUUGGAAUACGGGGGAAACUGUCGCCGUCAAGCAGAUCAAGUUGACGGAUCUUCCCAAGAGUGAAUUGCGCGUUAUCAUGCUUGAGAUUGACCUUCUCAAAAAUCUUGAUCAUCCCAAUAUUGUCAAAUACCACGGAUUUGUGAAAUCCGUUGAAACUUUGAACAUCAUUCUCGAAUAUUGCGAAAAUGGCUCGCUGCAUUCCAUUGCAAAGAACUUUGGUCGUUUCCCUGAGAACCUUGUGGGACUUUAUAUGUCCCAGGUUCUUCACGGUCUACUCUACUUGCACGAACAGGGUGUUAUUCACCGAGAUAUUAAGGGUGCAAACAUUUUGACCACAAAGGAAGGACUCGUCAAGCUUGCAGACUUUGGCGUGGCAAGUCGGACCACGGGCUUGAGUGAAUCAAGCGUUGUUGGUACGCCAUACUGGAUGGCUCCCGAAGUAAUCGAGCUUUCAGGCGCCACAACAGCUUCCGAUAUUUGGAGUUUAGGAUGCACUGUCAUUGAGCUACUCGAGGGGAAACCCCCUUAUCAUAACAUGCAGCCCAUGCCAGCACUGUUCCGUAUUGUAAAUGAUGACCACCCACCAUUUUCGCAGGGUGCCUCACCGGCCGUGAAAGACUUCCUCAUGCAAUGUUUCCAAAAAGACCCCAACCUUCGAGUUUCAGCAAGAAAGUUGCUUAAACAUCCAUGGAUUGUCAAUGCGCGCCGAACAGAAUCUGUCAUCCCCAAGAAGUCUACAGAAUAUGAAGAAGCCGUCAAGAGUGUUCAAGAAUGGAACGAGGCUUUGCGGUCACCAGAAACGGGGACUUCAAAGAAAAAGCAGAGGCCAGACCACCGCAGUACUUCAGGCCUAUCAUCUACCCGAAAUAACCCAUUGGUCGAUACCCUGCCAUCACCAACCUCUAUCAAACCCACAGAUCGCUUCCGCUCACCUGUGCUAGCAGGAGAUGAUAAUUGGGACGAUGACUUUGCUACUGCAAUUUCUCCUAGCGCACUCAAGUUGCCGCAUCUACGCCCACAUGAUAACUUUGGGGGCAUGCUCUCUUCCGAGAGACUUAAAGCUUUUGCGUCACUCGAUGGGACUAUACUCAGAUCCGAUGACAAUUCUGAUCCCUUUGAGGAUACCUCAGGCUUCUCAGAUGAUGAGACUUUGCAGACUAUUCGACCAUAUCCUAUCAAACCUUCUGUGGCAGAGCCCUCCAAACCUCAAAGCCCUGCACUCUCCCAGCCUGGAUUCAAUGCCCCAGUUUCUGCAAUGCAAAACGUCCCAAUCCUCACCCAAAAUCCUAUGCCAAGACGAACUCGUCCAGCUCCUCGUCCGACCAACCUCUUUAAAGAGAACUCUGUCGAUGAUUAUUCUGAUCUCAUUAUGGCCAAUGAAGAUUCACUAGAUCGAAAGUUGGGCGGUUAUCAGGACUUUGAGAAUGACCCAUCAUCACCCAUUCAUGAAAACAUAGGAUACAACCAAUUGGAUGCCGACUUUGGUAAUCCGCAUCCUCAGCUGCGCAAACAGCUUUCUGUAAAGCGCGACCGCUCUACCAUUGAGAUCCAGAGGUUUGCCGAGAAUGAAAAUGAUGAGGACUUCUCUGAUAUACUUGGGGCCGACCAAGCUGCUCUAGAUCAGUCAGAGAGUGAUGAUGGCUCAGAUCAAAGUACUUUGAUGCUAAACUCAAAGCUGUCAAACUCAUGGCUGGGAGAUCAAGAAGAUGAAGAUGACCCCUUCGCGCAAUUGGAAGAAGGCUUCGAUGAGGUUGAUCUGGAAGAAAAUAUCGCACGUGAUAAAUACGCACGUCUUCGCAACCAAGUUGAGAAUCUUGUGGACUCUCUCAAAACAUCCCAAGACGAAGAAGUUCUUGCAGAGAUUUCUGAACAGUUGUUCACGAUUUUCUGUGAUCUUCCAGAGACUAAAAACAUCAUCAUCAGUGCUCACGGCAUGCUGCCAAUUCUCGAGAUUCUUGACACUACUCGCCGGCGUGAUAUUGUCUUUUGUCUGUUGAGGGUUGUCAAUGCAAUCAUCUACGAUGACUAUGAGGUCCAGGAAAAUCUUUGCUUUGUCGGCGGAAUCCCUAUCAUCAAUGAAUUCGCAUCCAAGAAGUACCCACGCGAAAUUCGACUCGAAGCUGCGGCUUUCGUGCAACAGAUGUACCAGACUUCCACCCUGACUCUCCAGAUGUUUGUCAGUGCUGGAGGUUUGAAUGUUCUAGUCGAGUUCCUAGAGGACGAUUAUGAAGAUGAACGCGAACUUGUCUUGAUUGGCGUGAACGGAAUCUGGAGUGUCUUUGAGUUGCAAGGCUCCACUCCCAAGAAUGAUUUCUGUAGAAUCCUGUCGCGCAACUCCGUUCUUGAUCCCUUAUCUCUUGUCCUGAGCCGUGCUCUCGAUGAAGAUGGGGAGUUGACCGAAGUCAUCGAGGGUCGUAUUGCUAAUAUCUUCUUCAUAUUCUCGCAGGCCGAGAAUCAUGUCAAGGAGAUGGUUUCUGAACGAACAGUCUUGCACAGAGUCUUGAAAGAACUGAGGCGGAUGAGCCCAGUCCAUCAAAUCACGAUGUUGAAAUUCAUCAAAAAUCUGUCAAUGCUUUCAACUACUUUGGAUUCGCUCCAGAAUUCCAACGCCAUUGAUGUCUUGACCGAUCUGCUUCGAUCAAACUUGAAAAAAGCACACUUCCGCGAGCUCUCGAACCAAAUCCUCAACACCAUCUACAACAUGUGCCGCCUGAACAAGUCUCGGCAAGAAGACGCUGCACUGAACGGCAUUGUACCGCUUCUGCAAAAGAUCGUACUCACAGAGCGGCCGCUGAAAGAGUUUGCCCUACCAAUUCUCUGCGACAUGGCACAAUCUGGAAAGGUUGGCCGUCGGGAGUUGUGGCGCAACAAGGGUCUGGGAUUUUACAUCUCUUUGCUCUUAGAUCCAUAUUGGCAAGUCACUGCCUUGGAUGCUAUUUUCACAUGGCUUCAAGAAGAAACUGCCAAGGUUGAAGAGCACCUCUUGGAUGGAAUAUUUGAGAGUGAUACAUUUGAGGGUCCCAUUACAUUCACCGGUGCCAUUGCGGAAUGUUUGAAGCUUUCCAAAGCUAACGCAUUCGAAAACACUCUUGAGCCUCUGCAAAAACUUCUUCGGCUCAGCCCUCAUGUGGCUGCCACAUUUGCCCGGCCUGAUAUCUUCCAGAGACUAAGGCAGAAGCUGCAUCACAGCAAAGCGGCCGUCCGACUCAACCUUCUGCGCAUAAUAGCCAGUAUUUGUGAUGCAAACGAAGAGCAAGGUGGGCUACUCGCAACCUAUGGUCUACUUGACUCUAUUCGAAACAUGGAGAACGACCCCGCAGUCCUUACCAACAGCCCGACGACAAAGCACAUGCACCCCCCUCCAAUAUUAUUCUCGGCGUCCUCUACCCCAUCCACACCCUCAUCGAACCGCACCAGCCAGUCAAGAGGAUACCUAGAGGGUCGGGAAACUCCCCGGCACCCGCGAAAUUCUCUGAGUGUUUCUUCUCUUGCUAUGAGACCUAGCAGCCGAGAUGGCAGCAACCCCAUUCUUGGGUCUACUGCCAAUGGAAGCAGUGCGGCUGCUGCCAGGCCCAGGUCUGCACGACCCCUCUCUAGUAGAAUGUCUCACGUUGACCUACUUCGUGAAGAAGACUCCAAGUCUCCAAGCUCGCUAAGCCGGCGACCUUCAAUCAUCCCUCGUCGCCGCCGCCCGACACUCGCAGACUCUGAGUGGAAAUAA